AAUCAAAUUCAUGUGUAAAUGUUAUAUACUUGAAACUCGAUUUCAGAAAAUACAUGUAUUUCUAGACUUAGGAGACACAAAGAAAAGAAAAGAAACAUUACCGUACCUUAUCCAAAUCCACUGUAGCCUUGGAUUGGAAGUGUUUGGUGAUAUUCAGCUUGAUGUUGUGUUGAUGAUCACAUAAACUAGAGAAUAAAGUUCCCACUCUCAUUAUUGUCCUUUCCUUCUCUGCUACUAUUAUUGCCAUACUCUCUCAAAUCUCAAACUCAAUGGCGAAAAUUUCACUGGCAAUUGGUUUGAGAACUCUCUUCGCUGUAUUGGGAGCUCUCAUGCUUGCUACCCUUCUUUACUUUCUCUUCACCAAUGGUAAUCCGUUUACCAAAGAACUCCUCAAACCGUGGUUCCUUGCAACUUUGAUUGAUUUCUAUAUCAACGUUGCAGCUUUGAGUGUAUGGAUUGUUUACAAGGAAUCAAAUUGGAUCAGCUCAAUUUUGUUGAUAAUUUUGCUUGUCUGCCUUGGAAGCAUUACUACAUCUGCGUAUAUUGUUGCGCAAUUAUUGAAGCUGUCACCCCAAGAAUCUUCACAGGAUCCUAUAUAUUAUGUUCUGUUGCGGCAUCCACACAAUCUUUUACAUAGGAAUGGUGCAGCACCAAAAACAGAGCAUUCUUCUGCUGUGACUCUUAGAAUACUUUUCAGCAUUUUGGGUUUUGUCAUGAUUGGAACUUUGGUGUACACACUUGUCACUCAUGGUUCUCCUUUCCGUAAAGAGCUUCUAACUCCGUGGAUGACAGCAACACUAAUUGACUUCUACAUGAAUGUUACGGCUCUAGCAGUCUGGGUUGCCUACAAAGAAUCUCGUUGGAUUUCUGCAGUCUUUUGGAUAAUUCUUUUGAUAUGUUUUGGCAGCAUUACUACUUGCUUCUACAUUGCGUGGCAGUUGUUCCAGAUAUCUUCUCAUGAUCCUGCUUACCUUAUUUUGGUGCGUCAUGGUGACAGGCCAGAAAACAAAUAUAAUGGGCUUUCUGACGAGGCAGCAUAGCAAUGUUUUUCAUGAACCAAAUACAAUAAAGGUUCAUGCGGCAUGUUCUUGUGAAUCUCAUGUGGAUUGACUGGCUUUAGCAUCUAUUUCUCUGCAAACACUACUAGUUCUCUUGUAAUUUUGGUGGUUACGUAUUUUUAAGACCUAAAUGGAGCAACCUGCAUUAAGAGUAUGAAACAAUGUACUUGAUGAUAUAAUUCAAGAACAUCUUGAUUGCUCUUACAGUUUGUAACACAAAUUUAUGUUUGAAAAAAUGGUUGGUGGAUAUGGGUUACCG